AUGAAAGCGCAACAGACAACGGCAGGACCACAGGAACACGACCACACGACAACUGAGCGGGACAGGAUCUGGGGGAACCGUGGGCAGGGGCAGCAGCAUGGGCGUGGGCAGGCAGGGACACGGACAGGGAGGACAAGUGUAAGAGCAGUAGAUACAGGACAACUAAAUAGGCGAACCGCAAAAACUCAUCGUCAAGGAGCGACAGAUACGGCCAGGGAAAAGUGGGAAAAUAGAUGGGGAAUCCAACUAUGCAGCCAUAAUAAAAUUCACGGGAAUUGA